AUGGCAACGGGCGACCAAAACAGUGUCCCACAUACGCGAAUUCUGGUGGGCCUCCCCGGCAUACCCACCGCACGGGAUGCCGGGUCAUGGCUGCCGGAUUCAUUGAUUUUUAAGCCCCAUCGUCGAGUUGACAUCGUCUGCCCGGCCCACGAACCAAUCAGAUCAGCCGUCUGUCGCCCCUUAUCACCUCGUGACCCGCCAAUCAGAAGUGAGUGCACUUUUGCACCUCUUCGACUGAUUCAUCCAUUCGACAGGCUGGCUUUCUGCCACGCCGGCACAGGCUUCCUGUCGAGGCUGCUCAACCCUUUGGCUCGCUGUUGGGCCACUGCCUCUCGUGUCACCCUGUGCGUAUGGUCUUUCCUCGAGCCAACCUGCCGUUAUGGGGACCGCAUGUCUGCACUUUACUUUUGCCCAUUUGUCCAUGGCCACAAGAUAACAUUGCUGAAGGGUCUUUCAUUUGCCUGGCAGAUAUUGAAGGGCAAAGUUUGUGUGCCCCUCUUCCUCUGCCCCUUCCUCUUCCUCUUUCUUUUCUUCCUUUUUCUCUUCCUUCUUUCCUCUUCCUUUUCCUUUAUCUCUUCCUCUUUCUUUUCUUCUUUUUCUCUUCCUCUUCCUCUUUCUCUUCUUCCUUUUUAUCUUCCUUCUUUCCUCUUCCUUUUACUUUUUAUCUUCCUUUCCUCUUCCUUUUCCUUUAUAUCUUCCUCUUCCUCUUUCUCUUCUUCUUUUUCUCUUCCUCUUUCUCUUCUUCUGCCCCUCUUCUUCCUCUUUCUCUUCUUCAUUUUUCUUUUCCUCGUCCUCUUCGUCUUCGUCUUUCUCUUCGUCUUCCUUCUUUUAUCUCCUUUUCCUUUAUCUCUUCAGCUUCCUCUUUCUCUUCUUCAUCCUCUUUCUCUUGUUCCCUUUUUUCUUUCUCUUCCUUUUUCUUCUUUCUUCUUUUUCCUCUUCCUCUUUUUAUUCUUCAUCCUAUUCCUCCUUGUCUUCUUCCUUUUUCUCUUUCUCUACCUCUUUCUCUCCGUCUUUAUCUUAUUCUUCCUCUUUCUCUUUCUCUUUUUUCUUUUAAUUUUUAUUUUCCUCUUCUCCUUCUUCUUCCUCUUCUUUCCCUUCCUCUUCCUCCUCCUCUUUCUUUUCUCUUUCCUCUUCAGCUUCUUCCUCUUGCUCUUCCUAUUCUGUCUUUUUCUCUUUCUCUUCUUCCUCUUCCUUUUCCUCUUCUUCCUCUUCCUCCUUUCCUCUUUAUUUUCCUUUAUCUCUUUCUCUUCGUUUUCCUUUAUAUCUGUCUCUUCCACUUCCUCCUCUUUUUUUCCUUCCUCUUCCUCUUCUUUAUCUUCCGCGUCCUCUUCCUCUUUCUCUUUUUCUUCCUCUUCUUUCCCUUCCUCUUCUUCUUCUACUUCUUCAUCUUCGUCUUUCUCUUCCUAUACUUUCUUUUUUUCUCUUCCUUUUCCCUAUGUCUCAUUUCUUCUUCCUUAUUCUUAUUUCUUCCUCUUCCCCUUUCUCUUCCUCUUCCCCUUCCUCUUCCUCUUCUUCCCCUAUCUCUUCAUCUUCCUAUUCAUCCUCAUUCUGUUCUUCUUUCUUUUUUAA